AUGUCUAGGGGGCAAAGCAACAUGUAUUUUCCAUGUGGGGGUCCAGGAACUGAGUCUCCACACAUGCAAAGAGGUCCCUGCUAUCCUCUUUCAGAUGUCAAAAUGGCAGGUGUACCACCAGGAGGAAUGUCAUGUGGCAUUAUCGGUGAAUUUAAAUCACCUAUUAUUGACCCCCCAAAUAUUCCUUUGACUAAUCCUAAAAAGAAAAGAAAAACAAGUGCAGCAGUGACACCACAGCAAAGUCCAGUCCUUCAAGACCUUAUGCCACAGCAGCCGAGUACCUUAGGAGAUACUAUUGUGGCCUCCAAUCCAUUUGAUGAUACUCCACCUCAGUCAGCUCCCUCUAUUAUGGGACAUCAUAUGCAUAUGGGAAUGCAUAUGAAUAGUCCAAUGCAUAGUCCGCAUAAUAUUGGACACAUAGGACCUCCGUUGUCUAGUCCAAUGAAUAAUAUGGGAAUGACUUUGGUUGGAAAUCCUAUGAGUAGUCCAUUGGGAAUGAAUUCUCCGUUGGGUUCUCCGCACAUGAUGGGAAUGAUGAACGGAGGGCCAAUAAAUUCUAUGGGAAGCCCGAUGACAUCUGGGCCUGCCAUAAUAGGACCCAGUAGCUCUAUGGGAAGUCCAAUGACUCAAACUCAACACAUGGGUCCUAACGGAGCAAUGGGUAGUCCAAUGUCAAAUAAUUCAAUGAACAUGAUUAAUAAUAAUAUGGUUGGCAACCCGAUGACAUCACCUCUCGCUGGGCCGCCCAUAGGGUCACCAAUGAUGGGGUCUCCGCACAUGAAUAUUCAUAACGGUCCAAUGGGAUCACCAAUGACACAAACUUCUACUGUAAUGAACUGUGGCCCUAGCCCGAACUCUUGCGGACCUAGUCCGAACAGUUGUAGUGCGUCAACGACUGCGGCGAAUAGUUUGCCACCUUGCGGUCAAUUAAAUUGUACAUCAAACAGUGGUAGUGGUGGUAAUUCAAAUAAUAAUAACAAUAAUAAUAAUAUGACAAAUUGUGGUGGUAACUCUAUGUCGUGUAGUGCGAAUGUGCAGUGUGGCCCAUCUUGCGGACCGAGACUAUCUGGUGGAUGUUUAGGACCUAGAAUGAUGCCACCUCCCGGAAUGAGUCACGUACCACCACACAUGAUGGGACCCCAUAGUUUCGGCGGUCCAAAGCCACUACCCGUAUCGGCGGGAAAAAUUUAUCCUCCCGAUCAACCCAUGGUAUUUAAUCCUCAAAAUCCGAACGCUCCACCAAUUUACCCAUGUGGAAUAUGUCAUAAAGAAGUUCAUGAUAACGACCAAGCAAUUCUUUGCGAGAGCGGAUCCUGCUUAUCAAUUACUUACUGCAGAAGUAUAUGCCGAGUGGGUUUGUGA